UAUUCUACACCACAGACAAUACACAGCGAGAUAGGGAUUGGGUAGUCGAGGGUGUGAUUGGAGACAAAAUGACUUCAGUCUUAAAGGGACUCCUACCCGACUUUACCUAUUACUUCAAAAUACAGGCUCGUAAUAACAAGGGUUACGGACCUAUAUCUGCGGAGGUAUCCUUCAAAACACUUGCAGCUUUGCCCCCCAAUUCUCAAGGAUCCCUCUACGCGAUCAUAUCAGGCAUUUCAGUGCUGCUACUCAUAGUUGUGGGCACUUUGCUCUGUCGCUCCAAGAAUUCAUCGGGAGUUAUGAGUGCUAUGAGGAAACAUAAAGGAUAUAUGGCUGCGGCUACGAGUCCUACAGCUAAGGGCGCUGCCGGCAAAGGCAAAGGCGGUCGAGAAUUGAAACCACCGGACCUUUGGAUUCAUCACAACGAAGCCCUUGAACUCAAAGCUAUGGAUAAGAGCCUUACAAACGAUGCCAUGAGUUCGACACCCAUUCAACGGAAUCCACAGGAAAUGGAUUGCGAUAUCAUUUCAUCGAAAAAGACGUCCACUUAUAGCGACUCACUCUAUGAUGAUAUCAACAAAGAGAUUAAAAGGCCGUCGUCUCCAUCUGAGUCCACUCUAAUAGUGAGCGGAACGUCAACAAUGGGCAGACGAGCGGGUCGUCCGAAGCCAAUCACAAUACCUGUCGAACAAACUCCAGUCUCCAACGGAGCCAUAAGUCUGGAGCCAUCGACUGGUUUGUCGCGACCGCUAUACCCGCGCACGCAGUUUAACGCUAUACCUCGCGCUCACGUGACACUGGACUCAGUCGAUGGGCCCACAGGUAUGAGCAGUUCGGUACACCAUUUGUAUGAUCCGGUAGCGUCGCCCUCAUUGCACAUGGGGUUGAACUCGGGUUCGGUGGUCAACGGGCCACAGAUGCUCUCAUUGCCAUUAAACAGUCCGUCACCUCAAGUCAUUGCAAACACUAGUCCAGCCGUUAACUAUGGUAUUGGCAAACGACAGUCCGGCCACCCGUUAAAGAGCUUUAGCGUUCCGGCGCCCCCUCCGCCUACUAUGAAUACACCUCCAAACACUUUACCCCCUCAUAACAUGGUCAGACCUCAGUUCAUACCGAGUCCUCAUAAGAAAAUGGCAGCAAAUGGUAUGACAGCAUCGCAUAAGAGUUUAACUCCGACGCGAACGCCCGACACUUUACGCAGGGAAGAGCUAACUUCGUCUUAUAGUACGGAAGAGUUGAACCAAGAAAUGGCAAAUUUAGACCAUUUGAUGAAAGACUUGAGUGCUAUCACAGCUAAAGAGUUUGAGUGCUGAUUACCACAACCGACUGCUGCGUGUUGUCAACGCUUUGGUUUAAAAUUUGAGCUCAAUUUUGAUAUUUAUUUUUACUGAAUUAGAAUUUUGUCACACAUUUGAUUUGUAUGUAAACUUAUCAUUGAUUUGUAUUAACGAAUGGUUGAAAGAAAUUUUCAAUUUAUACAAGAAUCUCACAAUUUGUUCAUAGACUCGAGUUUUUAGUUCAUUUG